UCUUCCCCAGUGGAGUAACCCCAAAGAAACCUCUCUCUCUCUCUCUCUCUCUCUACAUCUCGCCUGAGAUCGUCUCUGCAAAGAUCUUCCCUCUCCGGCAAUGGCGGCGACGGCGUACGACAAGCCCCAGCCCGAAUUGGCCCCGCCGCCGUCGGCGGAGGAGGGGGCCUGCAACUCCACGCGGGGGCCGGCCGCCGCGAAGCACGGCGAGGGGCUCCGGCAGUACUACCUGCAGCACACCCACGAGCUCCAGCUCCUCGUCCGCCAGAAGACCCACAACCUCAACCGCCUCGAAGCCCAGCGGAACGAGCUCAAUUCCCGAGUAAGAAUGCUCAGAGAGGAGCUGCAGCUGCUUCAGGAGCCCGGAUCAUAUGUUGGUGAAGUUGUCAAAGUUAUGGGGAAAAAUAAAGUUCUAGUUAAGGUUCACCCAGAAGGAAAAUAUGUCGUUGAUAUUGAUAAAAAUAUUGACAUCACAAAAAUUACACCUUCUACUAGAGUGGCUCUUCGCAAUGACAGCUACGUUCUGCAUUUGAUCUUGCCUAGCAAAGUCGAUCCACUGGUCAACCUUAUGAAAGUUGAAAAAGUCCCUGACUCUACAUAUGACAUGAUCGGUGGUCUUGACCAACAGAUCAAGGAAAUCAAGGAGGUUAUUGAACUCCCAAUUAAGCAUCCUGAAUUAUUUGAGAGCCUCGGAAUAGCUCAGCCCAAGGGUGUGUUGCUGUAUGGCCCUCCUGGCACUGGGAAGACACUUCUGGCAAGGGCAGUGGCCCAUCACACUGAUUGUACCUUCAUAAGGGUCUCUGGUUCUGAAUUGGUCCAGAAGUACAUUGGAGAAGGCUCUAGAAUGGUCAGAGAACUUUUUGUCAUGGCAAGGGAACAUGCUCCAUCUAUCAUAUUCAUGGACGAAAUCGACAGUAUUGGAUCUGCUAGGAUGGAAUCUGGAAGUGGUAAUGGUGAUAGUGAAGUUCAGCGAACUAUGCUAGAGCUUCUUAACCAGCUUGAUGGAUUUGAAGCAUCCAACAAGAUUAAGGUUCUGAUGGCCACAAAUCGUAUUGAUAUUUUGGAUCAAGCCCUUCUUAGGCCAGGAAGAAUUGACAGGAAAAUUGAAUUUCCAAAUCCUAAUGAAGAGUCUCGACUGGAUAUCCUUAAAAUCCACUCAAGAAAGAUGAACUUAAUGCGAGGGAUUGACCUGAAGAAGAUUGCUGAGAAAAUGAAUGGUGCAUCUGGUGCAGAGCUGAAGGCCGUGUGCACAGAGGCUGGCAUGUUUGCUCUGAGGGAAAGAAGGGUUCAUGUAACCCAGGAGGACUUCGAGAUGGCAGUGGCGAAGGUCAUGAAGAAAGAGACCGAGAAAAACAUGUCGCUGCGGAAGCUUUGGAAGUAGAAAUGUCCUACAAGGGGGGCCAUUACUUUUGUCCGAGCCAAACCGAGAGCAUGGAGACCAGACACCCCACUCCCUUGUUUGCACACCUGAACAUCUAGCUGCUUCCGUCUUUGUAAUCCUGCUUUUCAUUGAUGCCGCAAAGUUUUAAAAUGUAGUCCAUGGAUGAGGGUUUAUGUCGCGUUGUGAACCUGGGAGAAGAGAGGAUGGAAGACGGUGGGACCAAAUCAAUGUCACGUUAAGAACAGUCUCUCAUGACUCCUAUUUAUGUAUUCCUCCUUUUCAAUGUGAAUGUCUCUAUUCUUGAGAUUC